AAUCAUCAUAUCAAUCAAAUGUCAUUCUCCACCUCAUCAAUCAGCAACUCUACAUUAUCUUCAUAAACUUCAUUUUAGUACAUCUAAACCUUCAGCGAUGAAGAAUUAGAAUUAGAAGCAGAAAAAGAAAUAUUCGCUUAAAUGUUUGAAGCCCAUUAUAACACUACGAGCAUGAUCAUUUAGACAGUUUAAGAGUCUGUUGUAUUCAAGUAUUUAAUCUAGAAAAAUUUACUUUUAUUAGGAAAACAAAAAAACUUAGAAUCCUAAAACGAAAACUUCGCAAGCUAAUGAGAGAUCAAUAAAGAAGAUAAAGAGAAGCGGAAAGUUAAGGUUAGGAAGGGUCCUUUAGUGGAACAACACGAUUAAACUAAUUUAAAUAUUAUCCUUAUUAUGAAGGUUAAUAUUUCGGAGAUGAAGAGAAUAAGCAUGAGGAUAUUGAAAAUUCAGUUUAGCAGCCUAUACCAGAACCUAUUAUCAAUCCAGAUAUUAGUAUAAUGUCGAUGUCCUCAACAUAACAUUCAAGUUUAUUAUUUUUUAAUUUUAGCAUCCCUAACUAAUUUGAACAAUGAAAUCGAUGUAGAGAUUUAAUAGAAUACAAAUCUCAAUCAAAAUAAUAACAAAAAUUAAAUUAAUAAUGCCAAUAAUCAAAAUGAGGGAAUUGUGAAGUAAGCUAUCAAAUAAUAUGAUCCAAACGAAUUGCAUUAGAGGUUGUAGCAUUAGUAGUAGUGAAUUAGACCCUUCAAACUGGUAGCUUCAGUUAUGAGGGGUUGAAAAAGCCGUGCGUGCACUUAAAAGUAGUGACAAAGCUUUCAUCAACAC